GAUGCUGGGAGGAGGAGGACGCCAGCAGAGGCUGCAGAGAUGCUAACAGCACCGACACACAGACACACACUCUGACAGCAGCUAACUGCAGCUAACUGCUAACACUGAGACACAGAGACACUGAGACACACACACAGACAGACAGUAACAGACAGAGACAGACAGAAAGAAAAGACAGCUGAUGUUGGCAGCAAACACUCAGUGAGCUGCAGUGUAGCUAGCUGCUGAGAAUGUUAAACUACUGACACACACACAGACGCACACACACACACACACACUCAGCGAUGCGGUGUCUGAGGCUUCCUAUUGGACGGUCCAGAUGUAGUCUAACCUGCGGUUGACAGGCAGCUUUUUGGGGGGCGGAGCCUGCAGUUGGGGGGGAUGUCAAAGAGAGGAGCAGCGGGGAGAGGCAAGGGGGACCGACCUGACGCCAUGGCAACGCUUCAAGCAGCCAAUGAAGAGCUGAGAGCCAAAUUGACUGACAUCCAGAUAGAACUACAACAUGAGAAGAACAAGGUCAGCCGUCUGGAGAGAGAGAAGAGUCAGGAGGUCAAGGCGGAGCAUCACCGAGCAACAGUCGCCGUGACGGAGCUGAGGACCAAACUGCAUGAGGAGAAGCAAAAGGAGCUGGCCGUCACCAGGGAGACGUUACUACGGCAACACGAGAUGGAGCUGAUGAGAGUCAUCAAGAUCAAAGAUGGAGAGAUUCAGCGUCUGAACGGACUGGUGCUAACGCUGAGGGACGGAUCCACAGACAAGGUGCGCAGCGCCCUGCUGGCGGAGGGCGAGGAGGCGAGGAGGAGCUGGGACAUGGAGCGUUGCCGCCUGCAGCAGGAGUCACAUGACCUGCGCAGUGCGAGGAGAUCAGCUGAGGAGGCUCUGGCCUCGGCUCAGCAGGCCUGCCAGGCACGAGCAGCCGAGCUACGAUCGGCUCAUCACCAGCACCAGGAGGAGCUGAACCGCACCAAGAGGGACUGUGAGAGGGAGAUCCGGAUGAGAUAAAGCUGAAGGACCGAGCGGUCAGUGUGUUGGACAAGGCCCUGGGGCUGCAGGCGGGACACGCCCACCGUCUCCAGCUGCAGACUCAGGCUGCUGAGCAGCAAAUCGCAGCCCUGAGAGACGCACAGAGGGCGGGACUAAGCCUAACUGGCCAAUCCCCUAACUCCGCCUCUAAUAUCGCUCCUCACACUAGACGACCCAGUUCCCUUAACGACCUGGACCGGAGCCACUCCACCAGUUACCAUGGUUACAGCCAAGAUGAGCGAGAGAUGGAGUUUCUACGGUUACAGGUUCUGGAGCAACAGCACAUAAUCGACGACCUGUCCAAGGCUCUGGAGACGGCUGGUUACGUAAAGAACGUCAUCGAGAGGGACAUGUUGCUGAGAUACAGACGUCAAGAAUCUGUCCGGAGGAAACGAACCUUCAGAGCUUGCAGGGUCAUAGAGACGUUCUACGGUUAUGACGAAGAGGCAUCGGUGGACUCUGAUGGAUCAUCUGUGUCCCUGCACACUGACAGGACUCCCGACCUGGAGCCAGACGAGGUGUGUGUGCGUGAGGAAACGGAGUUUCGUUACCGUCAGCUGACUCAGGAAUACCAGGCGCUGCAGCGAGCGUACGCUCUGCUGACGGAGACGAGCGGAGGAAACUAUGACCCCGAGAAGGAGAUCAAGACCAGAGAGCAGCUGCUGACUGAAAUCAGUCGUUAUCAAACCAGAGUUACAGAUCUGGAGUCAGCACUGAAACAACAAGGACUGGAUGUGAAGUGGGUGGAGGAGAAGCAGUUGCUGUAUCAGAGGAAUCAGCAGCUGGUGGAGAAGGUGAAGCAGAUGGAAGGAGAGAAACUUCAGAUGGAAAAUGAAAUCCAGGACGUCAAAGACCAGAACGAGCUGCUGGAGUUCCGGAUCUUAGAGCUCGAGGAGAGGGAACGGCGCUCACCUGCCAUUAACUUCCAACCAAUCCAUUUCCCAGAAGGCAUCAGUCCUCUGCAGCUCUACUGCGAGGCAGAGGGAGUCGUUGACGUGGUGAUCAGCGAGCUGAUGAAGAAGCUCGACAUUCUGGGAGAUAACGCCAAUCUGUCCAAUGAGGAGCAGGUGGUGGUGAUCCAGGCCAGAACCGUUCUCACUUUGGCAGAGAAGUGGUUGGAGUCCAUUGAGGUGACGAAGUCGGCUCUGCAGCAGAACAUGUUGGACAUCGAGAGCGAGAAGGAUCUGUUCAGUAAGCAGAAGGGUUACCUGGAUGAAGAGCUGGACUACAGGAAGCAGUCCAUGGAUCAGGCUCAUAAGAGGAUCCUGGAGCUGGAGGCCAUGUUGUUUGAGGCCCUGCAGCAGGAGGAGCAUUUCAGGAUGGACGGAUUCAAGAUAGAAGCCGGUCUGUCUGAAACCCUGACGGAGGAAGAGAGGGAGGGCCUUAGGAGAGCAAUGGACCAAUGGAAACGCUCUGUGAUGUGCGAGCUGAGAGAGAGAGAUGCCCAGAUCCUCCGAGAGAGGAUGGAGGUGCUGCAGCUCACACUGCAGAGAAACAAAGAGUUGGAGGAAUAUAUAGAAGCACAGAAACGCCAGAUGAAAGAGCUGGAGGAGAAGUUUCUAUUUUUGUUUCUGUUUUUUUCGUUGGCCUUUAUCCUCUGGUCCUAACGGCAGCUGCAUCUUAAAUGAAGACAAGGACGGUUUCCACGGCAACAGAGAAACACAACCAGCAGGAUGCUAACUAGCUUCCUGUUAGCAUCUGUUGACCAGGAAGUUCCAUGUUAGACUCCUGACUUCCUGUUUUCACAGUGAACUGUUGACUUUUAUCUUUUUAAGGAGAAACUGGACCAAUGACGGACUAAAUAAAGAAUUCUGGAUUAUAUGAGAGGAUUUACAUAACUGACAUUAACGAAGACGGGGGGGGUGGGGGGGCAGAGACACACCGUCAUUAAUGAAGAAGAGGGGACAGAAAGACUGGUCUGGUCUGGUCUAGUCUGGUUCAUUGUGCCAAAUAACGGACGAAGACCUUCUGGCCUCAUGGGACCAACGUGGUGCUCGAUGUCAUACUGGGUCAUCUGAAUCCAGACGUUGUGAUGCUAACAACGUUAGCUCAGUUAGCGUGCAUCCACGCCCCUGCCGCCGCCUCGAGUGUCUAACGUUACAGGAAGUCAUUUUCAAUGGAAGCGUUUUGGGUGUUUUCAGCUUCAAUCAGAAAGUUGACAUUUUCAACUUUAUGGUAAUGAGCUAUGACGCCGUUCAGCGGCUAACGUCAGCAACCAAUCGGAAUAUAGACGUCCUUCACGCUGGCUGUUCCUGGAGAAACAGACGAUGUAAUUUGGGUUCAUGGUUAACAUGGUCUCCAGUUAGCGUUAGCUGGUCACAUGGUCUCCAGGUAGC